UGCACCUGCACACAUUUGCCUGUUCUGGGAUAUUCCAGGAUGCAAAAAUCGAGUAAGGUUAAGGAUGAGUCUGCAUUCUAUCACAGCACUUUGUGUGCAGGGUCCUGACUAGACACUCAAGAGGAGGCGUAAAAGGAGAAAACAUAAUCCCCCAAUAUGGAGAAAUCUCCUCCAAGUAGGGAGACAGGCGGACGGGUGGGAAACACCCAGCAAACAUCCACAGAGUAGCAUGUCAUCAGUGCCUAGUAGUGCUGCAUUUAUCCCGAGGGGACACAAGAGGUAGGAGUAUGUGUAUGUGUGGAGGAUAAUCAUAAAGGUAAUCUGAAGGGGGUGAAUACUGGAUCAUCUUGGCAAAGUGAGAGACAGUAGAGUAAGAGGAACACAGGGUGUAACCUAACAAUUGCUGUGCAGAGAGGAGGAGGGAAGCCACUGAGUCAGGCUGAGCUAAGAGUAGACAGGUCUUUUGAAAGGCUUUGAAUGUUAGGUGAGAUUCUGUAGGGUGAGCGAUAGGGAGCCACCACUAAUUCUCAAGGAAGGGUUUGGAUCCUUGCUGAUUUUACCACAUGGGAAGCAGGGAAUAUGCUGAGUGAAAAAAACAGACUGCUUCCUUGUGGCAAGGACAGUGCUGAGGGUGACUGAAGAGCAGAAUGGACCCAGUCCUGGCUCUGUCCCUGACCACGGUGGAGCCUGGGACUGAUAAUUUCCCUUAGUUUUCUCAUCUGAAAAAGGAAAUUCCCUUGGGUGGUCGCCAGAGUCCCCUCCAUCUCUGACAUUCUGUGUUCUCUGAAUAACUCCUAGGCCUUACCAGUGGCUGUGUUUUGUGGGACCUGCCAAGACCAUCAAGUCAAUAAAUACUAACACCUUCUAUGUUCCAAUCUGUGGCAGUGAGGAAAAUACAGUGGGGCUAGGAGAUGAGGGUGAGCCAAAACAGACCAAGUCCCUGCCCCUUUAAAUGUAAGAUCUGGUGGAGGCAGCAGAUAUUUCAUUGACCUUAAGACUCACAUUUUAACAUUUCUUGUCAAGACCUCUUAAAAUCGUUGGAGUAUCAUAAUUUAAGUGGUGGCAUUUGUUUUUUUUUAGUGGCCACAUAAAAUAAUGGGACAGUCAGCACCAUGGGAGUAACUGUAAACUUCCAGUGGGUAAUUGCUAAAGGGAAGGGUGCGUGGUACACGAGCCUGUAAAAGAGGGCUCUGACUUAAGCCUAGACCACUGGCCUGGGAGGAAGCCUUUCCUGAGGAAGUAAUGGCUGGUAGAUGUGAGACCUGUAGGCUAGGUGUAUAGGGUCGGCAGGAAGUUGUGGCAGGCAGAGAUGAAGGCCAGAGGUGGGAGAACUGGGAGAUGGUGAGUGUGGCGAGAGCACACACUCAGGAACUCAACAUGGAUGAAGCUGGCAAGGCAGUUGAGAAGCAGACUUCCCACAGCCUUCCAGGCCUUGGGGAGGAGUUUUGGUCUCUACCGUCAGGACAGUGGGAGCCAUUGAAGAAUUUUAAGCAGGGAGUGACAUGAUCUGAGGUGCAUUUUGAUGAGCUUGUUGUGGAUGUGGGGAGACUACUACAGAAGGUCAAAUGAAAACGAGAGAGGGGUGGGCAGAUUCAAGAAAUGUGUACAAGGUACAAUUAGCAGGACUCAGUGACGUAUUGACAAGAGGGAGGUGUGGAGAAUGACUCACCAGUUUCUAUCUUAGACAGCUGUAUGGACUGUGGUGCCAGCCUCAGAUGGGCAACUCUGGAACCUGGUAGGACCCAGAGAGAUGGUUUUGUAGCAUCUGGGAGGUCAGAGAGGAUCCUAAGGCAGCUUGAAGUGGUCGGUUCCCGAUUCUGGUCCCCGGCCCCCAGCAGCGCCUGCCCCCUUCCCACCGGGGCCCCCCAUGAUGCCACCACCCUUCAUGCCCCCUCCAGGAAUUCCCCCACCCUUUCCUCCGAUGGGACUACCCCCCAUGAGUCAGAGACCACCAGCCAUCCCCCCGAUGCCGCCUGGCAUCAUGCCCCCAAUGCUUCCACCAAUGGGGGCGCCACCACCACUCACGCAGAUACCAGGAAUGGUACCUCCCAUGAUGCCAGGAAUGCUGAUGCCAGCGGUGCCUGUCACUGCAGCGCUGCUGUGGCUGGGACAGGCCCUCCGAGGGCCCUGUGGAGUGAGCAUGUGGCUCCUGACGGACGCGUCUACUACUACAAUGCUGACGACAAGCAGUCUGUGUGGGAGAAGCCCAGCGCUCUCAAGUCCAAGGCAGAGUUGCUGCUGUCCCAGUGCCCCUGGAAAGAGUACAAGUCAGACACGGGCAAACCUUACUACUAUAACAACCAGAGUAAGGAGUCUCGCUGGACCCGGCCCAAGGACCUGGAUGACCUGGAGGCUCUAGUCAAACAAGAGGCUGCAGGGAAACAGCCGCAGCAGCCCCAGAUCUUGCAGCCGCAGCCACCUCAGCCCCAGCCUGAGCCCCCACCUGGGCCGCCCGGUCCCACCCCUGUGCCCCUGGGCCUUCUAGAGCCUGAGCCAGGUGGGAGUGAAGAUUGUGAUAUGUCAGAGGCCGCCCAGCCUGUGGAGCAGGGUUUUCUGCAGCAGCCGGAGGAGGGCCCCAGCAGUGCUGCUGGACAGCAUCAGCCGCCACAGCAGGAGGAAGAGGAAUCAAAGCCAGAACCAGAGAGGUCUGGCCUCAGUUGGAGCAACCGGGAGAAGGCAAAGCAGGCCUUCAAGGAGCUGCUGAGGGACAAGGCUGUCCCCUCCAAUGCCUCGUGGGAACAGGCCAUGAAGAUGGUGGUCACCGACCCCCGUUACAGUGCCUUGCCCAAACUGAGUGAGAAAAAGCAGGCGUUCAAUGCCUACAAGGCGCAGCGGGAGAAGGAGGAGAAGGAAGAGGCCCGGCUAAGGGCCAAGGAGGCCAAGCAGACCUUGCAGCAUUUCCUGGAGCAGCACGAACGCAUGACCUCUACCACCCGCUACCGGCGGGCAGAACAGACCUUUGGGGAGCUGGAGGUGUGGGCUGUGGUCCCUGAGAGGGAUCGAAAAGAGGUUUAUGAUGAUGUCCUCUUCUUCCUGGCCAAGAAGGAGAAGGAACAGGCCAAGCAGCUCCGGCGCCGCAACAUCCAGGCCCUGAAGAGCAUCCUGGAUGGGAUGAGUAGUGUCAACUUCCAAACUACAUGGUCCCAGGCCCAGCAGUACCUCAUGGAUAACCCCAGCUUUGCUCAGGACCACCAGCUGCAGAACAUGGACAAGGAAGAUGCACUGAUCUGCUUUGAGGAGCACAUCCGAGCAUUGGAGAGGGAGGAGGAGGAGGAGCGGGAGCGGGCCCGCCUUCGGGAGCGGCGUCAGCAACGCAAGAACCGGGAGGCCUUCCAGACCUUCCUGGAUGAGCUGCACGAGACAGGGCAGCUGCACUCUAUGUCCACCUGGAUGGAGCUGUACCCAGCGGUCAGCACUGAUGUCCGCUUUGCCAACAUGCUGGGCCAGCCGGGCUCCACCCCUCUGGACUUGUUCAAGUUCUAUGUGGAGGAGUUGAAGGCACGAUUCCAUGAUGAGAAGAAGAUCAUUAAGGACAUCCUUAAGGACCGGGGCUUCUGCGUGGAGGUGAACACAGCCUUUGAGGACUUCGCCCACGUCAUAAGCUUUGACAAGAGGGCUGCUGCGCUGGACGCGGGCAACAUCAAGUUGACCUUCAAUAGUCUGCUGGAGAAGGCAGAGGCGCGGGAGAGAGAGCGGGAGAAGGAGGAGGCGCGAAGAAUGCGGCGCAGGGAAGCUGCCUUCCGAAGCAUGCUGAGACAGGCCGUGCCUGCCCUGGAGCUGGGCACUGCCUGGGAAGAGGUCCGUGAGCGCUUUGUGUGCGACUCAGCCUUUGAGCAGAUCACCCUGGAGUCGGAGCGGAUCCGGCUCUUCCGCGAGUUCCUGCAGGUACUGGAGACUGAAUGCCAGCAUCUCCACACCAAAGGCCGAAAACAUGGCAGAAAGGGCAAGAAGCACCAUCGGAAGCGUUCCCACUCUCCCUCAGGCUCGGAGUCAGAAGAGGAGGAGCUGCCCCCGCCAUCUCUCCGACCCCCAAAGCGGAGAAGGCGGAACCCCUCGGAAUCAGGCUCUGAGCCCUCUUCCUCGCUUGAUUCGGUUGAAAGUGGGGGUGCUGCCCUUGGAGGACGGGGCUCCCCAUCUUCUCGCCUUCUCCUUGGAUCAGAUCAUGGCCUUAGGAAAGCCAAGAAACCAAAAAAGAAAACUAAGAAGAGAAGACACAAGUCGAACAGUCCUGAGAGCGAGACAGACCCUGAGGAGAAAGCUGGCAAGGAGAGUGAUGAGAAAGAACCAGAACAGGACAAGGAUAGGGAGCUGCGGCGGGCGGAACUCUCUAACCGCUCCCCAGGUUUUGGAAUCAAGAAGGAGAAGACGGGCUGGGACACGUCGGAAAGUGAGCUGAGCGAGGGUGAGCUGGAAAGGCGGCGGCGGACACUCCUGCAGCAGCUGGAUGACCACCAGUGACCCGGCGAGCCACUCUGCCUCGGGUCUGUGUGAGGCCGUGGAUCCUCGGUCACCCUCACUGUCUGCACUAGACUCCUUUCUUAGUCUGGUCUGUGUCCACUUUUCCUCAAGUAGCCCCGCCCCCAACGCACCACGGCUGGCACCUCCUCAGGUUGCUCGUGGUAUUCCAGGGUCCUCCACUUCCCAGGCAACUAGCGCGGUCCUUGCCCUCAGCCCCAGACCAGAGAUUGGGAUGCCAUGUGGAGCGGGUGGUGCCAGUAGAGAAAAUGUGAGAAGGGGCCUCUAGGGAAGAAUGACAGGUUGGUGACAGGCGGGGUCCUUAGCCUCUAGCAUCAGUGCCUGCUCCUGCCUGCCUGGGCCCUUGGGCUCCACCACUCCUUCCUUCAGCCCCGGGACCCAGUGUAUGUGUGUUUUGUUUUGUUUUGUUUUUGUUUUUUAAAUAAUAUUUAUAACAUGG